GAUGCAAAUCUCCCCCGUCCCCAUCUUCGCUGCAUUUCAGGUCAAAACAACAUCGCCGAGGAAGUAUUUCGUCCGGCCGAACGCGAGCAUCGUCCAGCCAUGGGAUUCUUGCACAAUAACGAUUACCCUGCAGGCACAGAAAGAUUACCCACCAGACAUGCAAUGCAAGGAUAAAUUCUUGAUUCAGAGCACGAAGGUGGCCACCGGUACCGAGAUGGAUGAGAUCCCCCUGAUACGUUCAACAAGGAAGGCUGAUAAGGUAAUCGAGGAAAUGAAGCUCAAGGUUGUCUACACAUUACCUAGCUACGGAGGUUCAAAUGACUCUAGCGUAUCAUUUUUAGGAAGCCGGAGCUUCAAAGCAGCGUCUGACGAUCUGAUGAUGCUGAAGAAUGCAAGCCUUGAAGAGCAGCAGCGAAAACAUUUCUCUCGGCGGCAGAGCGAGAGCGGAUGUAGUCCGUGCAACGGCGCCUGUCAUCGGACCCGUGGGCAUCCGCGUCCACGACGUGAUCAUCAAGGGAAACACUAGGACGUAGGACGAUCUCAUCGAGGUGGAGGUUGCUGAGCUGCUCCGCGCCGCCAGUGUCUCUACAGUGCGACUGCACAAUCUCGACAUCUUCGACGCCGUCAAGACCACGCUCAACGCGUGGUCGCUCGAGCUGCCUGGCACCACCAACAUCGUCAUCGAGGUCGUUGAGGCGGCCAACCCCCUCACUGCCGUUGGAGAUAGGAUCCUUACUCCUGCAAUCUGAUGUAUUCAGAAUAAUAGUUUAUGAGUAAACCUAAUGUAACUGCAAUCUAAGAUGUAGUUUUAUAUGUUGUAUGCAGUUCUUCUGUAGCAAGUGGAAUAAGGUUCAGAAUCAGAACACGAGAUACAUGUAUUUUUUCC